GUUGUUUUCAUUUUUCACAACAGUUUAUAUCUUAGAUUAAGAUUGUGUCAAAGCCACCUUUGUCUACUUUUUUUUCCAUCAGCGGAAAAUCUCAUUUAUCCAAUUGUAGCACUUACAUUCCUCAUUGAGUGAACCAUGAAUUCUACUAACAAGUGGUUUAUCAGUAUAAUGCUGAUCUUGCUUGUUCUUCCCUUAUGCACUUCCCUCGAUACCAUUACUCCAAACGAAGCCAUCAAAGAUGGCGAUAUCUUAAUCUCCAGCAGGAACACCUUUGCACUUGGUUUUUUCAGUCCAGGCAAUUCUCGGUACCGUUACGUUGGAAUAUGGUAUUACCAAAUUUCUAACCAAACAGUAGUGUGGGUUGCAAACAGAGACAACCCUGUCCCUGAUACCUCUGGAGUGCUAUCCAUUAAUGGAAAUGGAGGUCUUGUCAUCUAUGGAAGUGACCAAAGUUUCCCUCUUUGGUCUGCUAAUGUUACUCUCUCUUCUCCAAACAAUUCAAUUGCAAAGCUUCUGGAUACAGGAAAUCUUGUCUUGGUUGACAAUGGGGAUAGGCAAAGGGUGUUGUGGCAAGGCUUUGAUUAUCCCACAAAUAUACUGCUUCCAUUUAUGAAACUUGGGUUGAACCGGCGGUCGGGGCUGAACCGGUUCCUAACAUCUUGGAAGUCCAAAGAUGACCCAGGAACCGGGAACUGUUCAUAUGGAGUUCAACCAAGAGGGAUGCCUCAGAUGUUUGUUUACAAAGACGGAGCUCCACGGUGGCGGUCUGUAAUGAGGAUCGGCAAGACAUGGGGUAGUGUAUAUACAGUGGUGAACAAUGAAGAUGAGGUGUCUGUUAUGUAUACCGCUACCACCAAUCAGUCAAAUGUAACAAGGACUGUGCUAGAUGAAUCGGGGGUCCUUUUGCGAUCCACAUGGAAUGAUCGAGCACAUAAAUGGACCGAUUAUUGGUCUGCCCCACUAGAGCGUUGUGAUUUCUAUGGACAAUGUGGUCCGAAUGGUCACUGUGAUUCUUACCAUGUUAAUGCCCCCAGCUGCUUGUGCCUGCCUGGCUUUGAACCCAAGUCCCCAGCUGAUUGGUACAUGAGCGAUGCGUCCAGUGGAUGCCUAAAGAAACAAGGAGUAUCUUCAUGUCAAAAGGGGGAAGGGUUUGUCAAGGUGGAACAUGUUAAAGUACCAGAAUCGUCUAUGGCACAUGUAGACAUGAUGACUAUGAGUACAAAAGCGUGUGAGCAAGCAUGCUUGAGAAAUUGUUCUUGCACUGCAUACUCGAGUGCAGAUGAUAGCGGUGAAGAGACUGGAUGUGUGACAUGGCACGGGGACUUGAUGGACACAAGGACACUUCCAAAUGCUGGUCGAGAUUUAUAUAUACGAGUUAAUGCAACUGUCUUAGCUCAAUAUGCGAAAAUGUCAAAUGGUUCUCGUAGCAAGAAGAGAAAGCUGGCAAUUUCACUAGCCUCUGUUCUAUGUUCAUUUAUAUUAGUUUGCCCUUUGUAUUGGUUAGUAAGAAGGAUGAGAAAAGGUAAACAAAGACAAAAUCAAUAUUUCUUCAGAGCUACCAGAGGGUCAUCCUACUUGGAAAACUCAACUGCAAAUAUUGAUGAUGAAAGUAGAAACUCAGAUUUACCAUUCUUUGAUCUAACAAUAAUAGCAUCCGCUACGAAUAACUUCUCUGUCGCAAACAAGCUUGGAACAGGUGGCUUUGGAUCAGUCUACAAGGGUGUGCUUUAUAAUGGAAAGGAAAUAGCAGUGAAAAGACUAUCGAAGAAUUCAGGCCAAGGAAUUGAAGAGUUCAGGAAUGAGGUUGUAUUGAUUGCGAAACUCCAACAUAGGAACCUCGUCAGGAUUUUAGGUUGUUGCAUUCAAGAUGAUGAGAAGAUGCUAAUCUAUGAAUACGUCCCAAACAAAAGUUUGGACUCUUUCAUUUUCAAUGUAGAAAACAGAGCUCUAUUAGAUUGGACAAGACGCUUCGAGAUCAUUUGUGGAAUUGCUAGAGGAAUCUUAUAUCUUCAUCAAGAUUCGAGAUUAAGAAUCAUCCAUAGAGAUCUAAAAGCAAGUAAUGUUCUUCUAGAUGCUUCUAUGAACCCCAAAAUUGCAGAUUUUGGUACGGCUAGAAUAUUUAGAGGGGACCAAAGUGAAGCAAACACCAAUCGUGUUGUUGGAACAUAUGGCUAUAUGUCACCUGAGUAUGCAAUGGAAGGCCAUUUUUCAUUUAAAUCUGAUGUAUAUAGCUUCGGCAUUUUACUACUGGAAAUUAUUACCGGCAAAAAGAAUAGUGGUUAUUACAAUGAGGCUUAUCCCGAGUCAAAUUUGGUUGGACAUGUUUGGAACUUGUGGAGAGAAGGUAAUGCCUCGGAAAUUGUCGACUCAUCUAUGUGUGUAUCUUACCCUGUCAAUGAAGUUUUGAGAUGCAUCAAGAUUGCCCUCUUGUGUGUGCAAAAGUCCGCGACUGACAGACCGACUAUGUCAACAGUUGUUUCCAUCUUAAGUAAUGAAGCAGCUCUUGCUUCGCCAAGAAAACCUCCAUUUUUGUCUAACAAUUUCUCGGCUUCUAAAGAACGUACGUGGAACAAUAACGAUCAAGUGGAGGGCAUGGCUCUAGUGUUAUCGGUCUCUACAUGUAUUGACAACACCGUACCUAAAAUGACAGCAUUGAUCACACAUCAAUGCUGGACUUAAAGACUGAAAUGUCUACAACAAGUCUACAAUUGCAUUACGUGGGUGAUAUAUAUAGUUUCCAGUGUCCAGCUUUG